CCAACAACGGCCUCAAUUUUCUGGAGUACCCUGAAAGGGUUAUAUAUAAGAGUAUUUACGGCCUAAACUGCUUGCAAAAUACAGUAACUGUUAACAUUUUGAAAUCAAACUGAUUUUUUUACGAUACAUUUUGUUGUAAUCAACGAAAACAAAUAAGUGUUUGGCAAUAUUUUGAUUAGAUCGUUCUUUCGACGUAUAUAAAGAAAAGGUUGACAUUAUGACUGAAAACUUAAUUCAAAAAUUGGAGAAUGCGACCUUAAAUGAACAGGAUUGGAAAGCGCAAUUACAGGCCACAAACGUUGAUAAGCGGCCCAAGACCGAGGAUGUGACGAAAACUAGAGGUACCGAAUUUGAGGAUUAUUAUUUGAAGCGUGAGCUUUUAAUGGGUAUUUUCGAAGCAGGCUUCGAACGCCCUUCCCCUAUUCAAGAAGAAUCCAUCCCUAUAGCCCUUAGCGGGCGCGAUAUUCUUGCUAGAGCCAAGAAUGGAACCGGUAAAACUGCUGCCUUUGUUAUUCCCUCUUUGGAAAAAGUAGACACAAAAAAAAACAAGAUUCAAACUUUAAUUCUUGUUCCUACUCGUGAGUUAGCACUCCAAACUUCUCAAGUUUGCAAAACUUUGGGCAAGCAUAUGAAUAUCAAGGUAAUGGUUACCACUGGUGGUACGACUCUCAGAGAUGAUAUUUUACGUUUGAACGACCCUGUCCACAUCGUCGUUGGAACUCCUGGCCGUGUGCUUGAUUUAGCCGGAAAAGGAGUAGCCAACUUCAGUGAAUGUAUGACCUUUGUAAUGGAUGAAGCCGACAAAUUAUUGAGCCCUGAAUUUACCCCUAUUAUUGAGCAGCUACUCUCUUAUUUCCCUAAAAACCGUCAAAUUUCUUUAUACAGUGCCACCUUCCCCUUGAUCGUCAAAGCCUUUAUGGACAAGUAUCUUAGCAAGCCUUAUGAAAUUAAUUUGAUGGAUGAACUUACUUUGCGAGGUAUUACCCAGUAUUAUGCGUUUGUUGAUGAAAGUCAAAAGGUGCAUUGCCUCAAUACCUUGUUCUCCAAGCUUCAAAUUAAUCAGUCUAUUAUCUUCUGCAACUCUACCAAUCGCGUUGAGUUGCUCGCUAAAAAAAUCACUGAGUUGGGAUAUUCAUGCUUCUACUCUCAUGCGAAAAUGCUUCAAUCUCAUCGCAACCGUGUUUUUCACAAUUUUAGAAAUGGUGUCUGUAGAAACUUGGUUUGCUCUGAUUUGUUAACCCGUGGUAUUGAUAUCCAAGCUGUAAAUGUUGUUGUCAAUUUUGAUUUCCCUAAGAACGCCGAGACCUAUCUUCACCGUAUUGGCCGUUCUGGUCGUUUUGGACACCGUGGUCUAGCUAUCAGCUUCAUUUCUUGGGCAGAUCGUUUUAACUUAUACCGUAUUGAAAAUGAGCUUGGUACUGAGAUUCAACCUAUUCCUUCUAGCAUUGAUCCUUCUUUGUAUGUAUUCCCCAAUGGUAACUAUCAAGUUCCCCGUCCUUUGGCUGGUACUGCUGAACAAGCUCUUGCUGCUCAGCAAGCUAGAGGCCAGGAAUUCAAUCAUAAUCGUAACAACUACCGUGGUCAUUCUGGACGCGGUAACGGCGGUGGUUACCGUGGUGGAUAUGGUCCCAGACGUAACCCUAGAUAUGGAGGUUCCAAUCCUAAGUCUUUAUCAUAAGGCUAUGAAGCCCAACUUGUAGAAGGUCCUUGUGAUAUGAUUAAAAAUACUGUCUUUUAGACACUGUCACCAAUUUUCCAUUUAUAAAGAUGAUGAUCAUAUCAUUCCCUUUUUUGAUUUAUUUGAAGACCUAAAUUUGGGUGUACGUAGUUGAGGUGAAAGCCGCCAAUUUGUGAAUAUGGAGUUAAAAGUUAAUAGUCGUUUCAGAUCUCAUGAUCGUUGACUCUUGACUCUAAAAAUUUUGAAUGAUGUUAAAUUCAAUAGCAAUUAGAUUAGUGUACAGUUAUGUUCAUCUAUUUUAUUGUGGUCAUUGCUUUUUUAGCUAGAAAUCGAGAGUCGAAUCUACAUUCAUGGCAAUUUUCAAUUCCUCAAUUGACAACGGCCAUACAUAUCCAACUAUAGGUUGAACCUUUUGAGUGAAUUGUUGGAAUGAUUGUAUAAACUUUUCAGCUGUACUUUUCAUUACAUUUUCCAUUAUUAAUGGAGCAGCAAGAAGUUGAAAAUCUGCGAUUAUUUCCGAAAUGGUUAUAGUAACAAAAGAACUAAAUCGUGAGACCUGUUGGUCCCAAGGGAUAGACAAGAAGAUAGCUUUUAGUUCUUCCUCAUCGUCCUUGUUUUUAAUCAAGUUGAUGAGAUCCGAAAGACCAGAUUCGGUAAGAUAAGUUUGAUAUACCAAAUCAACCAGCUUUUCAACGUAUGUAUUUAUG